GUCCAUGUCCGGAAUCAUUCAUGAAAAAUGACACAACUUUGUAGGAAAACUGUUCGUGUCAAUACUAAGUGGAUUGUACUAGAAAGGGUAUCAGUUUUUCGAAGAAUUUUUAGCUUCAUUUGGGAUAAAGUUGUUGUUUGUUCUCUAGGAAGGCCAAUUCAAUAUAGGAGAUUGACUCGCCUGGAGUCAUCAUCAUCUUUGCCUUCUUCUUCUUAUUCUCUGGUGGAAGUUGUGGCGGUCGAUGACGAUAAGGCCUUGCCAGAGGGGUAUGAAGUGGAUUCCGAUUUGGUUAGUUUGAAGAUCAGUUUGCUAGGUGACUGUCAAAUUGGAAAAACAGGCUUUCUGGUAAGUAAAUAUGUUGGGGAUGAACAAGAGAAAAUCUUACAAAUGACGGUAUUAAAUUUAGCAAACAAAACAUUAUUUGUUCAAGGUGCCAAGAUUUCUUUCAGCAUAUGGGAUGUAGGAGGUGAUAGUAACUCACUUCAUCAUCUUCCAAUCGCUUGUAAAAAUGCCGUUGCAAUUAUGUUUAUGUUUGAUCUAACUAGCCGGUGCACCCUUAACAGUGUUGUUGGAUGGUAUAGUCAAGCAAGGAACUGGAAUCAGACAGCAAUUCCGAUAAUAAUUGGAACAAAAUUUGAUGAUUUUGUUGGUCUUCCGCCAGAUGUGCAAUGGACUAUUGUGACUCAGGCAAGAGCAUAUGCCAAGGCAAUGAAUGCAACCCUUUUCUUCUCAAGUGCUACUCAUAAUAUAAAUGUCAACAAGAUCUUCAAAUUCAUCAUGGCGAAACUCGUUAACUUGCCAUGCACGAUUGAGAGAAACUUAAACAUUGGGGAGCCGAUUAUUGACUUCUAG